AUGGCGGCGUCCAUGGUUCCACGGAGAGUGUGCGGAGCCGGUGUUCUUUCCCGUUGGAGGUUUGGUGUGCGGUGCUUGAGCGUUUCGGCAGCUCGAUAUGGCAAGUUUAUACCGCCUGUCCGGGAAGAAGCUCCAGAAAUCCCAGGAAUGGAGCCGAUCACAUACGUCGAUCGGAUGUACUAUGUCCCUGGCUUAGCACGACCUCGCUUCCCUGACUGGGAUCGGGGUUGGUCUGACCCUCAGCAUUACCGGUCUCCUCCGCCAGAGCAGAUGAAGCUGUUUCGGGAGCAGCCGGCCUAUGUUUUCAACUGUAGCUGCCGCCUACUCGGAGGAGUAAAACAGGCACUGUGGCUCACAAAGACCAAACUGAACCCUGGCUUACCCCAGAGAAUAAUGGACAUGUGUGAGGACCCAGCCUACCAAAUUCCAAACCAUGAGGAGCUAGUACACAAUAUAGUCGCCCAUGCUUGUUUAUGGCACCGACCUGGGGAACAACCAGUCAGGGAGGAAUACUGCCCAAAGCUGUUACAGGGCCUUCUGCAUUUGUGUCAGAAACAGAACAGUAAAUUCCCUGCACUUUUCCAGAGAAGUCUUAUUGAAAAUUGUCGCUUGGCAGCUUCAUGGCGUAGAGAAUCCAGCAUUUAUCAUGUACGCGGCAUUAAUGGGUUCCUGCUAAAUUCCAAAAAUCCACUGAAGCCUGUGGCCUCUGAGAGUGAGAUUCAGGCCACAAAGGAGCACAGACUAGAAUCUCUGUAUCCCAUAUCUCCCUCUAUCGACCUUCAGGAAGUGAAUGUGUAUGAGGAGCGGAACGAUGCAGGUUUCAGGCCUGGGUAUCCAUUUCCCCAUCCACACACUGUGUUUGUCAUGGACUCCUGCAGCACAAGAGCCGGUUUUCUUCCAGAUCAGCUGCGUGCCAAAAUGAUCAUGCUUGCUUACAGCAGUGCUUUGGCUAAGGCCAGAAAUCUGUUUGGGGAAGAUGCUAAGGCUUUGCCAGAGCCAAUUUUGGUCCAGAGUAUUGGCACUGACGGACAAAUUUUCCAUUUUUUGGUAUUUCAACUAAAUACUCUGGAUCUUGAUUCUGAGGAUGGAAUUAAAAAUAUUGUCUGGAUGGAUUCUGAUCAGCCACUUUACUCCUCUGCUAACCUUGUGGCUAAAGUCAGGAGGAAAAUUGUGGAGGUUCCUGCUGGAGUAUGUGGGUUACAGCCAGAAACCUUUAAGAAGUUUUGGGCAAUGUAUCUGCAUGGAGCAAACUGACCCAAUUUCUGAUGCUAGUUAAAAUAACUAAUUGCUUAUCUCAGAAGUGACUUGCAGCAGGCAUAGCUAUGAAAAACAGGAUCUUUUCUGACCCAGAAACAUUUCUUUUGCAAAAUGUAUUAUAUUGUAAGAAUAAACUACAGUAACAUUUAACGUGGUGUAUGUUUACGUUAAUACAUGUAAGGAAUAUUUUUACCAACAGUGCCACUUGAUAAAAAACCAAUUCAGAAGAGUCUUCUGAUGUUUCUUUAAUCAACACCUUUCUUUUCCCAGUUAAAGGGGUUGUGUCCUGUUACUUUUACAAAAUUUCACAGUGUACAUUGCAAAUAAUUUAUUCUACCAUUAAAAAUUUUCUUCUUUAA